CCACGCUCUGCGGGCGGAGCCGGCGGCAGCACCUCCCAAUGGCUGUCGCGCCUGGGAAGUUUGGUCCUCGCUGCGCUACGUCGGGCGGUUGCCAAGACCGGUGCCGGACGCGGGAGAGAACUCCGCGGAGCCUUUGGCGGGCCCUGGCGAGGGCCGCGGGGAGUGAUGACGUCUGUGCUGGACGCGCUGUGGGAGGACAGGGAUGUUCGCUUCGACAUCUCCCCGCAACAAAUGAAAAUGAGACCAGGAGAGAUUCUUAUAGACUGUUUAGAUUCUAUUGAAGAUACCAAAGGAAACAAUGGAGACAGAGGUAGACUUCUAGUGACAAAUUUACGGAUUAUUUGGCACUCAUUGGCAUUACCUAGAGUCAAUCUCUCUGUUGGUUACAACUGCAUUAUAAAUAUAACUACGAGAACAGCUAACUCAAAACUACGAGGCCAGACAGAAGCUCUUUAUAUAUUAACUAAAUGUAACAAUACACGGUUUGAGUUCAUAUUUACUAAUGUGGUUCCUGGGAGUCCCAGACUUUUCACUUCAGUUAUUGCUGUACACAGAGCUUAUGAAACGUCUAAAAUGUACCGUGAUCUUAAGCUGAGAAGUGCUUUGAUUCAAAACAAGCAACUGAGAUUAUUACCACAAGAACAAGUAUAUGACAAAAUAAAUGGAGUCUGGAAUUUAUCUAGUGACCAGGGAAAUCUGGGGACCUUUUUCAUUACUAAUGUGAGAAUAGUUUGGCAUGCAAAUAUGAAUGACAGCUUUAAUGUCAGCAUACCAUAUCUGCAAAUUCGUUCAAUAAAGAUUAGAGACUCAAAAUUUGGCUUGGCACUUGUCAUAGAAAGUUCUCAGCAGAGUGGAGGAUAUGUACUUGGUUUUAAAAUAGACCCUGUGGAGAAACUACAGGAGGCAGUGAAAGAAAUAAAUUCACUGCAUAGAGUUUACUCAGCUAGUCCUAUAUUUGGAGUGGAUUAUGAAAUGGAAGAAAAGCCUCAACCUCUGGAAGAUCUGACAGUGGAACAGGUUCAGGAUGAUGUGGAAAUAGAAUCUGAUGAACAGACAGAUGCUUUUGUAGCUUACUUUGCUGAUGGUAAUAAGCAACAAGAUCGGGAACCUGUAUUUUCAGAAGAACUGGGACUGGCAAUAGAGAAACUGAAGGAUGGAUUCACGCUUCAGGGACUCUGGGAAAUAAUGGGUUGAUUUAGAUUUAACAUUAUUUUCCCAAUCCAUGCAAGACAUGUAGUUAUUAUGUUACCACCAGAUUUUUAGGAACACUGAAAAUAUUUGAGUAAGACAGAACUACUAUACCAAAGAGAAGGAACAUAUAAAUAUCAUACAAUGCAUAGUUAACUUAUUUUGUGAAAAAACUUGUUAAACAAAUUGUACAAAUUGUAUUUUGUGUAUUUUUAUAUAUAUUUCUUGUGCUAACGUUUUAAAUUAUUUAUUUGCUUAUAUAAAAAAUGUACUGAUCUAUAGUUAUAUCUAAAUAACAUUUCCAUAGCAUCUUUUGUGACACAGUCUUGAAAUGUUACUUAGGGGAAUAAACAAAAAUAUAUUCAUGUGGGAAACUUUUUUUUUAAAGAAAGAAUAGUUAUGUUAGUGGUAUUGAUAUCGUUUUGACAAAGUACUAUACUAUUACAAGUGUAACUGCUAGUUUUCAUAUUACAUAUAGAACUUCAUGUACUGUAUAUUAAUCAUCAUUCCAGGUACUAAUUUUCAUCCAAAGACUCCAGUACAAUUUUUUUUUUUUUCAGAAAGCACUGACUUGUUUGUUUUUUAAAGGAGAUAAUCAGGAAAGAAUUACACACUACAUAUCUUUUGCUUCUGACCCAUCAGACCUUUAAAAUGUUGUGUUACAUGCAGAGAGAAUUGAGUCAUUUAUUGUUUAAAGGGGAGAGGCAGCUGUUAUGUUUUUAGUGAGAUGAGAUCUUACACACUAUUUCCUAUAAAUGGAAAAAGUGAAAUGAGCUCUCCUUUCAGCUGUUGUUUUAGCAGCUGACUGCACCAGUGACUUCACUGUGGUAUGGAAAGGAAGAAAAGCCUGUUAAAUAUUUAUAUAAAACUUAUAUAUAUAAAAAACUAUAAUUAAAUGAAAUCCUGUUUAUAUCAAAUAUAUUUAUAAAAGUUGGUGCCCAAUCCUGCUCCCAUUUAAGUCCCAUUAAUGGUUUUUUUGCCAUUGACUUCUGUGAGAGCAAGAUCAAGCCCUUCGUCACUAAAGCAUGUUAAGGAAAUUCUGGGUUGUUAAACUUCUACAUUUCCAAAUGUAAUAGAAAUCUAAGCCUUCCCUGCCUAAAUUCUGAAACUUUUAACAAAAAUAAUUUGUGAGUACCUAAUUCACAUAUAUUUUGCAAAUCUGCUCUUCUUACUUUGUUAAACUGUUAACAGUUUGUACUGUUAAUACAAAGCCUCUUUUUCUCAAUUUUUAGUGUUGUGAGAAUUCUCAUUGGUUAAAGAAUUUUCAUUUGUGGCAUUCUUUUUUUUUUUAAUUUUCUAUUCUGUCUCUAAUGUACCUACUACCUUUAUUUUAAAAGGAGAGAGGAUACCUUUUACUAAUACCACUUUUAAUGUUUCCCUAAAAUGAAAACUUAAAAACAAAUACUUGGAGAGAGGAGGAAGGGAGGUGGUAUGUCUAGGAAUGAUCUGGAGUGAGAAUUACAUUUUAAGAAUAAAAAAAUUGGAGCUUCAUUUGUAAAUGAUAAUUUAAAAUAAUUAAGUGGAAUUUUGCUUGGAGAUUUUUUCAUUUUUUAGCUUGCAAACAAAUUACCAUGUAUUGUUUUAAGUAGAAAUGCAAAAUAAAGUACAGAUUUUUCAUUGCA